AGCAAAAAAGGUAAAAUGGGUGGCCCAGAAAAUAAGGCUAAGGGAAGCUAAAACGCGAAAGUCGUCUGUAUUUAUUCGAUUUUCUUUGUCCUGAAGGCGAAUCCUCAGAAACAGCACGGUCCUCAAAUUCAUUGAUCUGACCUAGAAGCUAUGGAUUCUAAUUCCCAACAACCAGCUACGGGUGUCUCUCCACCUAAACCAUGGGAGCAAGCAGGGGGCUCGACCGGUUCUGGACCCUUUAAGCCGCCAUCACCUGGCAGCACAAGUGAUGUUGUUGAGGCAUCCGGAACAGCAAGACCAGGUGAACUUGUUUCUACUGCUGACAGGACUGCAGCUGUGAAUAGAAAUGCUGUUGGUAGGCCCUUACCCAGCAGGCCUUGGGAGCAACAGAACUAUGGAAGCACUUACGGAGGUUAUGGUUCUGGCUUAAACUACAACUCAGCAUAUGGUUCGGGAAUGUACGGUUCGUCAUCAUAUGGUGGAAUGGGUUCUUAUGGUAGUGGAUUGUAUGGAAACAGCAUGUAUAGAGGAGGUUAUGGUGGUCUAUAUGGGAACUCUGGAAUGUAUGGUGGUGGAAUGUAUGGCGGUGGCCUUGGUGGUGGCUUUGGGGGUCCUAUGGGUGGUUAUGGGAUGGGCAUGGGUCCAUAUGGCGAGCAAGAUCCAAAUAAUCCUUUCGGAGCUCCCCCAUCCCCUCCAGGCUUUUGGAUGUCCUUCCUCCGUGUGAUGCAAGGUGUUGUUAACUGCUUUGGCAGGAUAUCUAUUCUGAUAGACCAGAAUACACAAGCAUUCCACAUGUUUAUGACUGCUCUUCUUCAGCUUUUCGAUCGCACGGGAUUAUUGUAUGGAGAGUUAGCUAGAUUUGUGUUAAGACUGCUGGGAAUCAAAUCAAAACCCCGAAAGAUCAAUCAACCAGGACCAGGUGGACUCCCAGGACCCCAUAACCCUCAUGGGAAUCAAAACUACAUUGAAGGGCCAAAGGCUGCUCCCAGUGGUGCAUGGGACAAUGUAUGGGGAGAAAAUGGCAGCGCCUAGUUUGAUUAUCGAUGGUGGCCUAGCCAAAGCACACGCUCCAAUUUGAGUACCCUGCUUGAUGAAGACCAGGAGGACCUCAUUUGAAGAAUGUGACCGAAGUUUUUCUACAAUUGUCUGAAUAUACCACCCACUCUCAAUAGUGUUAAAAAAGAAAGAUUGAAACUUAAUAAUAGCCCUUAAAUGUGUGCUUAUAGGUAUCUUGACACUAAGGCAAUAAUAAUUAUUAUAUUUUUGAUGAUAA